AUGGCCAUUUUAAAACGCCGGCGGGCCGUGACAAGCCCAAUCGAUACGGCUAACAAGAAAUCUGACACCGAGUUUGUCAAAAGCUACCUCGAGCCAGAGGUUCCCAACUCAAUACCGUGGAAAACCUCCUGGACACGCCCGGGCACCAACGAAGUAUACAGCAUCCGCUUGGCACGGCCGGCCAACUUGGACGAGGCGACGCUCGAGACUUGCUACACGCUCAUUGAGACGACCAGCCGGGGAGACUAUGAGGGCUCAAGGCUCAGGUGGCGGCCCAACCACAAGCGGCAGGAGAUGCGGUUGCCAGAUUUGCGAUACAUUCUUGUGCGGCGCGUCGGGCACGGCGGCAGUGUCAGCGAAACCCAGGAGGGGAACCAGGCUGACGACGCUACCAAUGACAGCGACAACAGCAACAACGGCAUCAAAGGCACGGAUCAGACCGCAGCAAGGGCAGAGGACGUAUGCGCCUUCACUUCGUUGAUGCCGACAUACGAAGAGGGCCUUGCCGUCGUCUACUGCUUCGAAAUUCACGUGGCGCCCAGUCUCCAGGGCUCCGGCCUCGGCCGCGUGCUGCUCGGCUUCCAGAGCAUCGUGGCUCACAACCUGGGCCCCCCGGUCGAAAAGGUCAUGCUGACGUGUUUUUUGUCCAACGAGCGCGCACUCCGCUUCUACGAGCGAGAGGGCUUUGCGACGGACGCUUCGGCGCCGAAGACGCGCCGGUUGCGGCACGGCAAGACGUUUGUGCCGGACUACACGAUUCUGAGCAAGGCAGUGGAGCGGUGA